UCACUGCUUCUACAGAAGUCUUCUCGCCUCAAGCCAGGCAACUUUCACCAUCACGUCCAACCUCGAGGAAUCGGCCAGCUUCCCGAUACAAUGGCUUCGAACCGAAACCGCCGCAUUGCGAAGGAAAUCGCGGACAUACACAAUGAUUCUCACUCCCAGGUGACCGCGGAGCCCGUGGGUGCUGAUGAUGAUCUGACACACCUUCGAGGGUCCUUUCGUGGUCCGCCUGGCACGCCCUACGAGGAUGGCACAUUUUUUGUCGAUAUCAAGAUACCCACCGAGUACCCUUUCCGACCCCCUGUGAUGAAGUUCGAGACGAAGGUCUACCACCCAAAUAUCAGUAGCCAAACGGGCGCCAUCUGUCUCGAUACGCUAUCCUCCGCCUGGUCUCCAGUCCUCACGAUAAAAUCCGCCCUUCUAUCUUUACAGUCCCUUCUCAGCACACCAGAACCCAAGGAUCCUCAAGAUGCAGAGGUUGCCAAUAUGCUGUUGCGAAAGCCCAAAGAGUUUGAACGUUUGGCUAGGGAAUGGGCGAUCAACUUUGCCGGUGCCCCUAAAAAACAAGUUGCUGAAGGCAGCGGGGGCGCAACCGAUGCCUCCAUUAGGGAGCAAGAGCGCAAGGCCAAGGAAGACGAAGAGCGCGACGCAAUUGCUGCGUAUGAUGGAUAUAACAAGGAUCUCAUCGACCGGUUCUGUAGCAUGGGAUUCGACCUCGACCGCGUUAUAGCUGCUUUCAACUACGUUGGUAUUGACCGCAACGACGGCGAGGAUUACGAACUUGAAGGAGAAUAUCUUGGUGAUAUUACUGCACACCUUCUAGCCAAGCUGCGAUCCGAUACCAACGCUACCGCAUGCGAACGUCUCCGGGCUGCCCAACAGCGAGCGCGCGAGGAUCCCAGGUCCGGCACCCCUUCGACUACGGGCAAUUCAACUCCAAAUCCAACAAGCGACAACGAGACAAAAUGGGAAGCAGCGCUGGAAAGGGAUGUGGACUGUCUCACUCCGGAAGAGGAGUUGACUUUUUUGAGAUACUUUUGUGAGCAGGCUUUGGAACUUGGGGAUAAAUACAAGCCAGCUCUGCCGACAAUGAUCAGGGCGACAGCGAUACAAUUCCUUCGGCGAUUUUACCUUACAAAUUCCGUGAUGACUUACCAUCCGAAAACGAUGAUGCCUUGUGCAUUGUUCCUUGCUACAAAAACCGAUAAUUACUUUAUAUCUUUGAAUUCAUUCUCAAAAGAAGUGCCCAAGAUCGAAAAGCCGGACGACAUUAUCGCCCCUGAGUAUACUCUGACACAAGGCCUCAGGUUUACGUUCGACGUGCGCCAUCCUUUCCGCGGCCUUGAAGGAGGAGUCAUGGAACUUCAAGCUAUCGCACUAGGCGAAGGGAGACCGGCGCCCCAUAGUAUUGGCCAGACAGCCGAGAGCAUGAAAGAAGCGAUACACUCGAUUGCUCCGCUCUCGGCUUCAGACAGGGCGUCGGCAUCGACUCGAAUAUUGAACGCACACGGGAAAGCUCGAGAAAUUCUCAAAACGGCCGCGCAAAUGACGGACGUUUAUUUCCACUACACACCAUCCCAGAUAUGGCUUUCGGCCUUCUUUCUUGUCGAUGAGCCAUUGGCCCGGUUCUAUAUCGAUACCAAAUUAGGGCCUGAGAACAGCUAUGCAGACGCCAACAAUCCACUAGUGAUCCUACGCACAAAGCUGUUGAAUACUCUAUCCGAAUGCUCACAAACUCUCGGGUCUUAUAUCCCGUUGGCUUCGAACCCGGACAUGAUGAUACGUCUCAGAGCCAUUGCCAAAAAAGUUUACCAGUGCGAGCAGGUUGAAAAGCUGGACCCAGGCGCUCCAGAGAGCGGACAGAAGCGUGUCCCCGGGGCAGAAGGAGCGUCUGAAAGUGAAAUGGACAGAACAGCCAAGAAACGUCGACUAGAGCGUGAGAAGCGGGAACGAGAGGGCAAAGAUGUCUUUGGAGGCGAACUGGUCACACAGCGAAGUCGAGCACCGCAGGAAUGA